AUGGACCGCCACCGUGACGCUGUAGCCACAGUCGCGCAGCAGGUGAAGUCGUACCACGAGCGCAAGGUUCCUUUUCGCAUAUACCAUGGCUCGACGAACAGCACGCGGCUCAUCAGCUUCGAUCCGGAUAAAAUCGUUGAUACCAGCCCGCUUUCGCAUGCCAUCUCCAUUGACAAGGCGGCGAAGGUCGCCAUCGUGGAGCCGAACGUCCCCAUGGAUAAGCUUGUAGAAGCUACCCUUGUGGAAGGCUUCGUGCCGCUUGUGGUGCCGGAGUUCCCUGGAAUCACGGUCGGCGGAAGCUACUCGGGCACCGCAGCGGAAAGCUCGUCAUUCAAGUACGGAUACUUCGACCGAUCUGUCAACUGGGUCGAAAUCGUGCUCGCGAAUGGCGACAUCGUCAAAGCCUCCGCAGACGAAAACCCCGACCUCUUCUACGGCGCCGUAGGAGCAUGCGGCACUAUUGGAGUGACGACCCUCUUCGAGAUUCAGCUCCAGCCCAGCGGCUCCUACGUAGAACUAGCCUACCACCCCAUCUCCAGCGUCCGCGAAGCCCUUGACCUGCUCAGCCGCAGCGCCCGCGAGAACUGGGACUACAUCGACGGCAUCCUAUUCUCGGUAACCUCGGGCGUUAUAGUGUUAGGCCGCAUCACCCACACGCGGACACCCAAUUGCCCUAUCAUCCGCUUCACCCGCGCCCGCGACCCCUGGUUUUUCCUACACGCGCACGCCAAGGCCAUGCACGCACGCCACACCUACUGCGACACCUGCAUCCUCGCACAGCACAACCCGAGCACCCCCUCCACUGCGCCCGUUCCCCGCACCGAGCUCGUGCCCCUCGCCGACUACUUCUUCCGCUACGACCGCGGCACCUUCUGGAUGGGCGCAUACGGGUGGCCGGCCUGGCUCUUCAACCGCCUCGGCCGCUUCCUGCUGGAUCCGUUACUGCGCACUCGUGUGAGGUACAAGGCGCUGCAUCAUAGCGGCCGCUCGCAGCGGUUCAUCAUUCAGGACCUCGCAAUCCCGGGGGCUAGGGCGGAGGAGUUCUUGAGCUGGGUGGAUAAGGAGUUGGCGGUUUGGCCGCUGUGGCUGUGUCCUGUGAGGGCGGAUUCGCGGGCGCCGUUGCAUGUGGCGAACAGGCUUGUCGCGCCUCUGGUGGAGGGAAGUGCUGUGGGUCAGGGGGAGGUUGAAGUCGAGGACGGAGGAGUGUCGGCAGACCUCCUCAUGAACGUCGGCGUAUGGGGCGUUUCGCAGGGCAUGUGGGACCGGUACAACGCCGGCGACAAGGCGGGCGCGUACGACAGGUUCAUCGCUGACAACCGCGCGCUGGAGGCUACGGUUAAGCGGCUGGGCGGGCUGAAGUGGCUGUAUGCGCACAACUACUAUACUGAGGCGGAGUUUUGGGAGAUCUAUGACAAGCAAGGGUAUGACGGGCUGAGAGAGAAGUGGGGUGCGGAUGGACUGCCGAGUCUGUGGGAUAAGAUGAAGAGGUCGAGUGAGGGCUACCAGAGCAGGAGUUUCUCGAAGGCCAUCUUGGCGGCGUUGAUGGGGAAGGAACAUUUGUUGGCCAAAGGGAAGAAAGGGAAAUGA